AUGGAGGGAGUACUCGAUUUCACGAAAGACUUCGAUGUCGUGUUGCUCGACAAAGUCGUCAUGGCCUUUUACACAACCACAGGACAAGAUCAACAAAUGGCUCAACAAGUCCUAACUCAAUUUGAAGAGCACCCGGAUUCUUGGACGAGGGUCCCUGAUAUUCUUGAACAGUCGUCGUUCCCUCAAGCGAAGUAUAUUGGCCUACAAAUUUUGGAGAAACUGAUCUCAACUCGAUGGAAAACUUUGCCAGACGGCCAGAGGCAAGGUAUAAGGAACUUUGUUGUCGGUAUUACGGUGAAGGUGGCCUCCGACGAAACUACGAUGCGAAAAGAGAAGACAUACAUUAAUAAACUCAAUUUAGCCCUCAUUCAGAUCUUGAAGCAAGAAUGGCCUCACAACUGGCCCUCAUUCAUCACGGAACUGGUCGAAUCCUCCAAGACUAACCUUUCUCUAUGCGAAAACAACAUGGUUAUUCUGAAGUUACUUUCCGAAGAGAUCUUCGACUUCUCUGCCGACCAAAUGACACAAAACAAGACGAAAAACCUGAAGAACCAAAUGUGUGGGGAGUUUUCGGAUAUCUUCAAACUUUGUUCAGAAGUCUUGGAGGAAGCCAACAAAACGUCACUAAUCAAGGCCACACUGGAGACGUUCCUAAGGUUUCUUAAUUGGAUACCGCUGGGUUUCAUCUUCGAGACAACAAUCAUAGACCUAUUAUUGAAUAGGUUUCUAGAGGCACCAGAAUUCCGCAACAUAACUCUCAAGUGUCUUGCAGAAAUCGCAGCUCUUAAUGUAGGGCCUGAAUAUGAUCCCAAGUUUGUCAUCCUCUUCGCGAUGGUGAUGACUUCGGUCAAUCGCAUGAUCCCACCGAGUACCAAUAUUGCUCAAGCUUAUGCAAGCGCCAGCGACUCCGGUCAGGAACUUGUCCUCAAUCUCGCCCUCUUCCUAUCGAACUUCCUCUCCAAUCACCUUCGCGCUGUGGAGAAUGAACAGAACCGGGACGUCUUACUGAAUGCGCACCUUUAUAUGGUAAAAGUCUCGCAGGUUGACGAACGAGAAAUCUUCAAAAUUUGUUUGGAGUAUUGGUUGAAAUUGGUGGCGGAAUUAUAUGAAGAAAUUCAAAGUCUACCCAUAGGAGACUCUGGGUUGCUCAUGGGUUUAAAUUUGGGUGGUCCCAACGGAAACGUCCUAAACGGUAUGUCGCUAAGAAAGAAUAUAUACAGCGACGUUCUAUCGAAUCUCCGUCUUGUGGUCAUCGAACGCAUGGUGAAACCGGAGGAGGUGUUGAUUGUCGAGAACGAGGAGGGAGAAAUUGUGCGCGAAUACCUGAAAGAGACCGACACUAUCGUCCUUUACAAGUCCAUGCGUGAACUGCUUGUAUACCUCACCCAUUUGGAUGUUUCCGAUACCGAGAAUAUCCUUACAGAGAAACUAUCGAAACAGGUUGAUGGAUCAGAAUGGUCAUGGCAGAAUCUCAAUACCCUUUGCUGGGCAAUAGGAUCGAUAUCCGGCGCAAUGAACGAAGAGACAGAAAAACGUUUUCUAGUCACUGUGAUCAAAGAUCUUCUUGGCCUCUGUGAAAUCAAGAGAGGUAAAGACAAUAAAGCCGUCGUUGCUUCCGACAUCAUGUAUAUUGUCGGGCAAUAUCCUCGGUUCCUCAAGGCUCACUGGAAGUUCUUGAAAACCGUUGUCAAUAAACUCUUUGAGUUUAUGCACGAAACUCACGAAGGUGUACAGGAUAUGGCUUGUGACACAUUCAUCAAAAUCGCUCAAAAAUGUAGAAGACAUUUUGUGAUGCAACAAUCCGGCGAACAAGAGCCAUUCGUCGACGAGAUUCUUCGAAUUUUACACCGCAUUACCGUCGAUCUGUCUCCUCAACAAGUCCACACCUUCUACGAAGCUGUAGGAUACAUGAUAUCAGCACAGCCCAACAAACCGCAACAAGAAAAACUCAUAACGAAGUUGAUGGAACUUCCUAAUAAUGCGUGGGAUUCUUUGAUGGCACAGGCCGCACAGAAUAUGGAUGUCCUCGCAAGCACGGAUAACAUCAAAAUCUUGUCCAAUGUCCUCAAGACCAAUGUCUCUGCUUGUACAUCAAUAGGCAGCUUCUACCUCCCACAAAUUGGCCGAAUCUUUCUGGACAUGCUAGGGUUGUACAAAGCUGUCAGCGGAAUCAUCAGCGAAACUAUUGCCAAAGAAGGUCUAAUCGCUACCAAAACACCGAAAGUUCGACAGCUCCGGACGGUCAAAAAGGAGAUUCUUAAACUCAUGGAGACUUAUAUCAAGAGGGCAGAGGAUCUGGACGCUGUCAACAGCAACUUCAUCCCCUCAUUACUUGACGCCAUCCUUAAUGAUUACAAUCGCAAUGUACCAGCAGCUCGAGACGCGGAAGUAUUGAACGUGAUGGCUAGUAUAACUAGCCGCCUCGGGCCCCUUUUGACCACACAAGUGCCUGCAAUCCUCGAUGCCGUGUUCGAACCGACUUUGAAUAUGAUUAACCAAGAUUUCUCUGAAUUCCCUGAACAUCGCGUUGGAUUCUUCAAACUGUUGCGGGCCAUCAACCUGAACUGCUUUCCAGCUCUGCUGGGAAUUCACCCCAGCCAAUAUAAAUUGUUCAUGGACAGCAUAAUAUGGGCCAUCAAGCACACCAUGCGCGAUAUUGCUGAUACUGGUUUGAAUUUAUGCUUGGAGGUCGUCAACAACUUCGCCAGCGCCGGAGAUCCUACUGUUAGCAAUGCCUUUUUCCAGCAAUACUUCCUCAGUAUCGUUCAGGACGUCUUCUUCGUCUUGACUGAUACCGACCACAAGAGUGGCUUUAAGCUACAGAGCAUUCUUUUAGCGCGAAUGUUCCAACUGGUGGAAACGAAUGCUGUCCAAGGACCCUUGUUCGAUGCCUCUCAAGUGCCCGACCCCAAUAUCAGCAACUCAAUAUUCUUGCGUGAAUACUGUACCAACCUAUUGAAGAAUGCGUUCCCGCACGUGCAACCCGUGCAAGUGCAAUCAUUUGUCAACGGGUUGAGCGAGUUCCACAGCGAUAUCAAUCGAUUCAAACUAGCCCUGCGAGAUUUCCUGAUUCAAUUAAAGGAGUUCUCGGGGGAUAACACAGAGUUAUAUCUGGAGGAAAAGGAGGCGGAAAGUCUCAGGAAGGCCGAGGAAGAGCGGCAAGCUGCAAUGCGUAUCCCUGGCAUGCUGAAACCAUCACAAUUGGAAGACAAGGACGAAGAUAUAUGA